ACAACAGCAUCUCUUUAUCUCUCUUAUUAAAUUUUUUAAUUUUAGUGUUGCAAUGGAGUUUCCAAGUGUGGUUCAAUUUUUGGAGAACAAAACCAUUUUUGUUACUGGUGUAACUGGAUUUCUUGCAAAACUUUUUGUGGAGAAGAUUCUAAGAGUUCAACCAAAUGUGAAAAAGCUUUAUCUUCUUUUAAGAGCGGCAGAUGCUAUUUCUGCUAAUAAUCGCUUCCAAAAUGAGGUGAUAGAGAAGGAGUUGUUUAGAGUUGCAAAAGCAAAAUUUGGUGCAAGUUUAAACUCUCUAAUCUCCAAAAAAGUUACUGUAAUUUGUGGUGAUGUUAGCUUUCAUGACUUGGGAAUUAAAGACUCUUCGCUAGUACAAGAGAUGAAGAAUGAACUCGACCUUAUUCUUAAUUUUGCAGCCACUACUACUUUUGACGAAAGAUAUGAUGUGGCAUUUGGUACAAAUACUAUGGGAGCUAAUAAUGUUUUGUGCUUCGCCAAAAGUUGCAAAAAAUUAAAGUUGCUUAGCCACAUAUCUACCGCUUAUGUAUGUGGAGAAAAAUCAGGAGUAAUAUUGGAGAAGCCAUAUGGGUUGAAUGAAACACUUAAUGGUAUUGUUGGAUUAAAUAUUGAGAAGGAGAAGAUAUUAAUUGAUCAAAAGCUUGAUGAAUUACUUGCUCAAGGAGCUACAGAAAUUACAAUUAAAGAGACCAUGAAAGAUUUGGGCAGCCAAAGAGCGAAACUGUAUGGAUGGCCAAACACAUAUGUAUUUACAAAAGCUAUGGGAGAAAUGGUUUUAGGGCACUUUAAAGAAAAUCUGCCGGUGGUUAUCAUUCGACCCACCAUGGUUACUAGUACCUAUAAAGAACCUUUUCCUGGUUGGAUUGAAGGUGCCAGAACUAUUGAUGCACUCACUGUUGGUUAUGGUCGGGGAAAACUGACCUUCUUCGUUGUAGAUCUUGCAGCAAUCGUUGAUGUGAUACCGGCUGACAUGGUAGUGAAUGCAAUAAUCUUAGCUAUGGCGGCUCAUGCAAAUCAAGCUUAUGAUAAUUUUAUUUAUCAUGUCGGAUCAUCACUGAGAAAUCCCAUAAAAUACUCUAAUUUUGAAGAUUAUUUAUAUCAGUAUUUCACAAAGAACCCGUGCAUUGGAAAAAAUGGAAAAUCUAUUAAAAUCAGCAAGAUUUUAAUAUUGAAGAAUAUGUCUCAAUUCCACAGAUAUGUAGCUCUUCGUUACUCACCGCUUUUGAAGGGACUAAAAUUGGCAAACACGUUAUCUUGCCAUUACCUCCAGAGCAAGUACAAUACUGCGAAUAGAAAGAUUAAGUUUGCUAAACGACUGGUUGAAUUAUAUAAACCCUACCUAUUUUUCCAAGGAAUAUUUGACGAUUCAAGCACAGAAAAGUUAUGGAUAUUAGCAAAGAAGAAUUGUGUUGAGAGCAAUGUCUUUUUCUUGGAUAUUGAAUCAAUCGAUUGGGAAGAGUACUUCAUGAAUAUACAUAUUCCUGGUAUCGUAAAAUAUGUUAUCCGGCCAUAAAAUUAAUGAAUUUUAUGUCUAAGAUCAGGAAAAAUUGUAUUUGAUUUUUCUUAAUAGAAGUAUGAAUAUGUGUGGAAAUAAAGUAUGCCUUGGAUUCCCAGGGUUAUUACGGUAAUAAACUUUGAACUUAGUUUA